ACGAAAUCUGUGCAACCGCUGCCUAAACAAAAUAGCUCUUGGGUCUUCCAUUUCAGAGAUCUAAAAAAGGAAUAACAAUGUCAGUUCAAGACUUUGUUACCCCUACCCCUACCUCUCCACAAAAUGCAACAGCCAAAAAGGGUCGUCCUACGGCUAACUUUCAUCCUUGCCUGUGGAGGGAUCGUUUCCUUGAACAUUCCUCCGACUUCAUGGUAGUAAACUCCCAAAAAAGUACUGGCUUGACAACUAAACAAGAAUUUGAAGAUCUGAAACAAGAGGUGAGCAAGAUGCUUAAAGAUGGUAACAGUGAUCAUUCCAAGAAAUUGCAUUUAAUCAACGCAGUCCAAUUCUUGGGUGUCGAUUACCAUUUUGAGGAAGAAAUAGAGGAUGCAUUACAGAAGAUAUACGAUGAUGGUGUGGUAGACUAUGAUCUCUCCACCGUUGCUCUUUGGUUUCGACUCCUCAGGCAACAAGGAAUCAAGGCACCAUCUGAGGUAUUUAAAAAGUUUGUGGAUAAGAAAGGAAAGUUCAAGGCAGACUUGGUUAAUGAUGUCACCGGCAUGUUGAAUUUGUACGAGGCUGCGCAUUUUGGCAUACAAGGAGAAGAUAUACUCGAUGAAGCCCUUGCAUUCACUACCUCUAGUCUUGAAUCGAUUGCAACUCAAAAACAGAUAAGCACUCAGCUUAUAGAACAAAUAACUCAUGCCUUGAACCGACCCAUCCAGAAAAGCUUUCCCAGAACAGAAGCAAAGCGUUGCAUAUCCUUUUACUCUCAAGAUGAUCACUUUGCUUCCGGUCAAGGAGCAUUAUUAAGAUUUGCGGAGAUAGAUUUCAACGUGGUACAAGCAUUGCACCAACAGGAGCUAAGCAGAAUCACUGAGUGGUGGAAAAAAUUGGACCUCACGUCAAAGCUACCUUAUGCGAGGGAUAGAUUGAUAGAGUGCUAUUUUUGGAUGAUGGGAAUCUACUAUGAGCCAAAAUACUCAGCAGCAAGAAUAUUUCUGGCCAAAGUUUUAGCAAUCACAUCCAUUGUGGAUGAUACUUUUGAUAGCUACGGGAUCUAUGAAGAGCUCAAGAUUUUCGAGAAAUGUAUUGAAAGAUGGGAUAUUGGAGUCAUAGAUCAACUUCCAAACUACAUGAAAUUAGCUUAUCAGGCACUAUUAGAUCUUUACAGUGCAAUUGAGGGCGAGGUUGCAAAAGAAGGAAGACAGUACGCUGCACAUUACGGAAAGGAAUCAAUGAAACAAAUUGCUAAAAGUUACCUAGUUGAAGCCAAGUGGCGUGAAGAAGGUUGUGUUCCAUCAUAUGAGGAGUAUAUGCAGAAUGGCCUCAUAAGCGGUGGUAUUCCCUUGGUCAUAGCAAAUUCAUUCGUUGGCAUGGGAAAGAUUGCGUCUAAGGAAGCGUUUGAUUGGAUUUUUGAAAAUCCUAAGAUAGUUGAGGCUUGUUCAUUUAUUGGAAGAGUAAUGAACGAUAUUGCAUCUCAUCAGCGGGAUCACCACGCCUCAGCUGUUGAAUGCUACAUGAAGCAACAUUGUGUUUCAAAGGAAGAGGCUGUAGAAUCACUUAAGAGAGAAAUUGUGGAUGCAUGGAAAGUGAUCAAUAAGGAGCGAAUGAAACCAACAAUCUUUCCGACCCCUCUUAUUACUCGCAUUGUCAACAUGACACGCACAUUGGAUCUCAUAUACAAGGACGAUGAUGCUUACACAAGGUCUUACUUAUUGAAAGACCAAAUUGCCUCAUUGUUUGUGGAUCCUAUUCUUGUUUAAGGAGUAUCAUGAUUUCAUGUUGAAGUACAUCUAAUAGGAUUACAAGCUUUGUACUUUAGGGUUUGGCUUUUCUUUUAUCUUUGUAUUAUGAUGUUUUCUGCUGUGCCAAUCAGCUUUUAAGUGGUGUAUUUAGGGUUGUCUGGUAUGUUGUAUCCUCUGCUUCCUUUCUUUAUUUUGUAGCUAUGCUUUUAAACCUACAAUAAUACCUAGCACUACUUCUUGUUUUCAAUAGAAUUCUGCUUUAUCA